CUACAGAAUGUUCCCCCGGUCUCUCUCUCUCUCUCUCUUGGGAAACAACCUGCAAGUCUAAUCUCUGACUUUAGCUUUGGCUUUUUCCUUUCUCCUUUUAUCAUCUUCUCUCCCUGUUAUUUGUCUUCUUGGUCUCCAGAGGGUAAUUUAAUUUCUUGACUUUCUUCACUCACUUUGAGCUUACUUUUCUCUUUUACUAGGAAAUUUUACCUUAGGUUCUCCCCUUCUCUCUCAAUAUUUAUACAUCAAUCUCGUUGCUAAGCACCAAGCCAUUCACCUCUUUGUUCUUCUUCCUAUCCAACAUCUUUCACCAUGGCAGACCCCUACUCCAAUUUCUUUAGAGGAUGCUUCAACUUCAUGCCUCUUUUGAAUUCUUAUCCUCCUCAUCAUUCCUUCUCGAACAACAUCAUUAACAACAAAUCUUUCAUUCAAUGCCAACCUUCUUCACCGCCUGUCAAAGAAGCUCUUCCUCUAAUAAAUAACUUAAGCCCUACAAGACAGGAAGAACAUGAUCAGUCCUCAAGUAGUGCAGUGGAAGAGGAAGAUGACAAGACCUGCAGGAACAAAGAAAAUGGUAGGGAAACUGUUACUGUAGCCCUACACAUAGGUCUCCCUAGCCCUAGUACAGAUCUGCAGGGCUGUAGGAUGAUCUCUCCUCCGGCAGAUGUACUGACAAAUAAGGAAGAAAUGAGUGUGGUUUCAGGGUACCCUUUGGACAGAUUCAACAAGGGUCAGUAUUGGAUUCCAAGCCCUUCUCAGAUUCUAAUAGGUCCUACUCAAUUCUCAUGUCCUGUUUGCUCCAAGAGCUUUAACAGAUACAAUAAUCUCCAGAUGCACAUGUGGGGUCAUGGAUCUCAGUAUAGAAAAGGACCACACUCUCUAAAGGGAACUCAACCAACAGCCAUGCUAAAACUGCCAUGCUACUGCUGCACACCAGGGUGCAAGCACAACAUCGAGCACCCAAGAGCAAGGCCUCUCAAAGAUUUUAGAACCCUCCAAACACAUUACAAGAGAAAGCAUGGGGCCAAACCCUUCAUGUGUAGGAAAUGUAGCAAGGCAUUUGCAGUUAAAGGUGAUUGGAGAACCCAUGAGAAGAACUGUGGGAAGAUUUGGUAUUGUACUUGUGGGUCUGAUUUUAAGCACAAGAGGUCUUUGAAAGACCACAUUAAGGCUUUUGGCAUCGGCCAUGGAGCUUUUGGUAUUGUUUGCUUUCGGGAAGAGGAUGAACCUGCAUCCGAUAUUGAAGUUGAUCAUGGUGAUGGUGAUUCCUCAAUGUCAUGAUCAGAUGAAUGAAAUUGAGUCUCUCUAACCUCUAGGUGAAUUCUCUCAGGUCAUGAUCUGAUAUUGAGCUUCACUUAGUUAUGUCUAGCUCAAGAUAUAUGAUAAAAGUUGCUUUAUGCUUUCUUUCAUUUCUAGCUACCUUCUGCUCCCAAUGUUGCCUUACAGUGUAAAUUCACCCAUUUUUCAAAGGAAUAGGCCAGGAAAGAAGUGCAAGUCUUGUGUUAGCUGGUGCCAUUAUAUA